UUCUUCUUCUUCACCUCCGCUGAUUAUCAGAGACGAACGAUUGGUUCAUUAGCGCCGUCUAGCGGCGCAACAGUGUAAUUUCACCAUACACAAAUGAGUGUAGUACCUGUUCUGAACCGGUUUAACCGUCGGUUAAUAAGCACCUUUGACUAAAACCCAAUAUUUGGCAGGGUUUCUACUUUUUGGACCUGGAUAUGACAUCUCAAAGUUUAUAUGUAUUUAUUAAGACAAAUGUUUUGUUCGACACUUUCAAUGACAGUGCUACUGGGCUCAACUGAACGUUCAUGAUUUGAUGGACUGCACCUCCCAUGAUGCACCGCGGCACCAGCGUCAAGCGCAAGUGGGAGGGAGAGCGAGAGCUGUCAGUGGCCGAGCACGGACGUCCAAAUUCGGUCGACAAGCACCACCGUGAACACCUCGGGAGCAGCGAGUGAGGGAGGCGACCCACGGACACACGCCGGCCGUCCGCCCGCGUCGUCGUCCUUCGUCGCCGCUGCUGCAAUGAAGCCAGAAGCGGUUGCUCGGCGUGGAUGUAACAGCGGCGGACGUCAUCCAUGAGACCCCGCGGAGCUUGUGUGGCGCAGAAGACGACGACAAGAUGAAGAAGCAGUUCAACCGAAUGAGGCAGCUCGCCAACCAAACAGUGGGCAGGGCUGAGAAGACCGAAGUGUUAAGCGAAGACCUCCUGCAGGCGGAGAAGCGUCUGGAGCUGGUCAAGCAGGUGUCGCACAGCACCCACAAGAAGUUGGCGGCGUGUCUGCAGGGUCAGCAGAAUGUGGAGGUGGACAAGAAGUCGGUCAGGUCGCCGUCGAAGAAACUUCCUCUCGCGACGCUAGCACAAUGUAUGGUGGAGGGGGCGGCGUUGCUCGGGGACGAGACUAUGCUUGGGAAGAUGCUGAAGCUGUGCGGCGAGACUCAGGACAAACUGUCCCAGGAGCUCGUCCUGUUCGAAGGCACCAUCGAGAGAGACGUCAUGGACCCGCUAUAUGACCUCGCCGAGGUGGAAAUCCCAAACAUCCAGAAACAAAGGAAACAUUUAACCAAACUGGUCCUGGAUAUGGACUCCGCUCGCACGCGGUACUAUCAGUCCGGCAAGUCGUCGGGCCUGUCCAGCAACCUGCAGCCCAGCGGCGGCAAGGCCGAGCACCUGAGGGAGGAGAUGGAGGAGGCCGCCAAUCGCAUGGAGAUCUGUCGGGACCAGCUGUCCGCCGACAUGUACAGCUCCAUGGCCAAAGAACUCGACUAUGCAAGCUAUUUCCAGACCCUGAUUGAAGUCCAGGCCGAGUACCACAGGAAGUCACUGGAGCUGCUGCAGAACAUUCUGCCUCAGAUUAAAGCUCAUCAGGAGUCGUGGGCGGAGAAGCCUUGCUACGGGAAGCCGCUGGAAGAGCACUUAGAGCUCAGCGGGAGAGAUAUUGCUUUCCCCAUCGAAGCCUGUGUCACCAUGCUGCUGGAGUGCGGCAUGGAAGAGGAGGGUUUGUUCCGAGUGGCUCCAUCCGCCUCCAAGCUGAAGAAGCUCAAGGCGUCUUUGGACUGCGGCGUGCUGGACGUUCAGGAGUACUCGGCCGACCCGCACGCCAUCGCAGGCGCUUUGAAAUCUUACCUGCGUGAGCUCCCCGAGCCCCUGAUGACCUUUGAGCUUUACAACGACUGGAUUCAGGCCUCAAAUAUCCCAGACCAGGACAAAAGGUUGCAGGCUCUCCGCGGCGCUUGUGACAAACUACCGCCAGCCAGCAACAACAACUUCAGAUAUUUGAUUAAGUUCCUGUCCAAACUGACGGAAUACCAGGACGUGAACAAGAUGACUCCCGGGAACAUCGCCAUCGUGCUGGGGCCCAACCUGCUGUGGACGCACAGCGACGGCAACAUCACGGAGAUGAUGACCACAGUGUCCCUGCAAAUCGUCGGCAUCAUCGAGCCCAUCAUCCAGCACGCCGACUGGUUCUUCCCCGGAGAAAUUGAGUUCAACGUGACGGGCAACUACGGCAGUCCGGUACACAGCAACCACAACGCCAACUACAGCUCCAUGCCGUCUCCCGACAUGGAGCAGAUGGAGCGGCGGCAGAACGAGCAGAGCCGCAGACCCCUCAGCGUGGCCACCGACAACAUGAUGCUGGAGUUCUACAAGAAAGAUGGCAUCAGGAAGAUCCAGAGCAUGGGAGUCAGGGUGAUGGACACCUCUUGGGUGUCCCGCAGGGGCUCGUCGUCCUCGCGUAAAACCACAUCCACGCCCCCCAGCGUGCGGGCGCCCACCCCGCCCACGGACGCGCUCACCCCCGAGCCGCCCGGAACCCCCUCGGGGUCGCCCUCCCCCACCCCUCCUCCCACUAACAACGAGCGAGCCAGCUCGGAUGACGCUUCGGACGCCUGUAACGCUCACCCCUCCCCCGAGGAGGAGAGGCCGCCCCCCCCUUACCCGUCUUCCUCACCCUUCUCGCUCCCUCCCCAACACUUUUCCGCCCGAGCACCCCCCGGUAUGCGCCCGCUCUCCCGCAGUCCCGAAUGCGUGCCCGCGGGCCCGUCGCCCGUCCCCCGCCGCUCGGGCUACAGCCCGCCCCCGUUCCUCCACUCCCUGUGCCCGUCCCCGCAGCCCCUUGACAUCAACUCCAACCCACGAGCCCAAAGCUCCCCGCCCUUGCACAAGCAGGCCUCCCUGGCCGAGCCCCUGCAUGCGCCCCCUGCCGACACAAACGGCUCCUCCCUCUACAUCAAACCCCCGCUCGUUCUUACUCGCCACGAUUUAUUCCUGGGCUCCCCCAAACCCCCUGGCACGCCCUUGUCCGCCCCCCCUCCUUGGGCCACCUGUAGCCGAGAACGAGGACGCAAGGCCGCUAGCACCCUGAAGAACAAGGAACUGUCUCCAGUCAUUGGGCAGAAGGGAUUCCAGGGGACACUUUCUGCUAGCUGCCAGUCUGAGCACAGCCCGCACACGCUACGGAGAGCAAAGAAGCUUGCUCCAAUCCCGCCUAAAGUCCCCUACAGCCAGACAGGGGCUGUGUCGGAGCAAUCCACGGGCCAGCCGUCUCCUGUCAGCCUGUCGCCCACGCCCCCUAGCACCCCUUCGCCAUACGGCUUCGGCUACCCGCAGGGUUACGCCACUAUUGGCUCCUUGGGACACGUCCAGAUGGCCGGCACGCCGUCUCUGUCCUCGCCGCCUUCGCUGGCCGGGACGCUCACCAAAGUCCGGCCCACGCCCAAGCCGCCCCGGCAGAGGCCCAGCUUGCCUCCGCCGCAGCCGCCCUCCACACCCGGCACCAGCCCCCAGCCUCUGGAGCACUCGUCUGGCCUGCUGGAUGGUUUGUCUCCUGGAGAAAGCAUGUCCACAGAUUCCUUCUGCAACCUAGAUAUUCCCGUCAUUAACAUGGAGCUGGACAGCCUUCUGGACUUGGCUCACAUCUCCCACCUCAGGCACUCGGUAGCGCUGCUGGACUCGAGCCGCCUCAGAAGCACCGAGUCGGAGGGGGGGGAGGAUUCGGAGAGCACGGUCCUAUGACGCCGCAGCCUCUCCCCUCCUUCCUCCUUCUCCCCUAAUGUAUUCCUGCAUUUGGAUUGCCCCCCCCCCUCUCUUUUUGGUUUCUAUUUGCCUUAUUUGAUGACUUGAACGCCAGACAAGGAACACACAAGCGCGCCAAUCUUCUGCAAGGAAUAUCGACAACUAUUCCCCUCUCGGCAUGGACAUCAGCCUGAGUGUGCACUGCAUGUGUGUGCGCGUGCGUAUUAUCAACCGACAUGCACGUUGUAGAUACUUAGCUGAAUAACAAACAAAAAAAAUCUUGGUGGUUAAAUUUAAUUGAGUGAAAACUAUUUAUUGUCUAUACUGUACAUUUGCAGAGUUUAUGAUUUCCAAUCAAACAUCAGAUCGUAUUUUAUAUUGACAGGAGAACUCAUAAUACAUCCGGAAAAGACGUUUAAGACGCUGUAACUUACACAGAUUGACCAUUUAAAUCAGUGUUUCCUUAGUGUACCGCUAGAGGGAGCUUGCGCACCACACUUGAUCGAGAAGGUCAUUCAAGUGAACGAGAAGAAAACAUGCUCUCAUCACCAAGAGGGGGCCCUACUAUUUUUGUCCCAGUUGAUGGAUGCACUUUUUUUCUACAUGGAUGAUGACCACAUGUGAAGGCAUAGAUGUGCAAAGCAUCCUGUUUAUUUUCAGCAGAGUAUUUAUGAUACAGAUCUAUUUCUUGCAAAAGCUUUUUACUUGACACCCAUGUGGGCAAGGAGAAGCUUUCAAUCAUGGGACCAGAUAUAUCUCUCACUUGACACACGCAAAAAAAAAAAAAAGAAGACUGUAAAUAAGUUGUUGUACAUACAUGCUAUGUAUAUAGGGACUUCAGUAUAAAUAUAUAUGUAGAUGUAUAGAAAUACUGGCUGGAUUGAAAUGAACACAUGAAGAUAACACUCAUUGUUUUGUCUCCAUUUUUCACAUUAGCACAUAUUAGUCUAUUGUUUUACACAAUUAACCCCCUUGGGCUGAUUUUAAUAUUUAUUUGAUAAAAGAAAUGGACAAUACAUGUUGACUUGGACAUGUAAAUUAGUGGGACUGAAUUGUUCAAAAACAGACCAGAGCUCGAUUCUCAAUAUGAAUUGACGGCUAAUCUGCAAUGUUUACAAUUUCAAUAUUUGAUUAAACCUACUGUAGAACAAUUCAAAUAAUCACCCGCCUUUAUGUUGUGUUGUUUGUGUUUUACGCGAUUCACUGGAAUGUAAAACUGGCAGGUUGUGUGUGUUUUGUGGUGGAGGGUCCGUGUCUCUUUUGGUCAUUGGAUAUUUCAUUUGGAAGCAGAUAUUAAAAAUGGAAAAAUGA